UGAAUCGACGUACAAAGCAGAGCGCAGAAAAGAAAGCAUUAUUUCUCCGUUUAUUUCAACUUUGCGAUAACAACCAGCGAAGCAGACAUGUCUAAGCGCAAUGUAGCUUUCAUCAAACCAGAAGAGCCAGAUUUUCUAAAAAGAAUGAAGGCACAAAUCGGUUAUCGAGAGGGACCAUCGAUAGACGACAAGCGUGAAGCAAUAGAAAACUACGACGACACAGAUGAUGAGGAACAUGAGGACGAAAAACCCCAAGUGGUCGUAAUAAAAGAAGGCGAUUUAACAGAAGCGGAAGCUGAGCAGGCAUUCAAAGAGGAAAGCGAAAAACCGGCCGAUCUCAAUCAAAAAGUUGUCUUUAAAUCAAGAAAGCCAAAAUCCGAGAAAAGUGAAGAAAACCCUAAGCCAAGGAAGGAAGAUAAAAAAAGUAAAAAGGCAAAACAAAAGCAAGAAAAGAGUAAAUUGUCCUUCAACGACGAGGACGAGGAAGAGUACUAGCAGUAAUUGUUUUAGUUGCGAGUGGUUGCUCUUAUCAAAAUAAAUU